GCCAGCAACGCCGCUCACCAUUGGUGGCAGUCGGGCAGUCCCGAGCCAAUCCCGGCCUAAGAUGGCGGAGCGGCGGCCGGUGGCUCAGCGGGGCAGACAUGCUGGGGUUCAUUUCGGCCCGUCAGGCCGGGAUCGACGAUCCAGUGCGGCUGCGCCGGGCCGAGUGCACCCGGAGGGUUCUAAGUUUGGAAUUAAAUAAAGAUAGAGAUGUUGAAAGGAUACAUGGGAGUGGUGUCAAUACCCUUGAUAUUGAGCCUGUUGAGGGAAGAUACAUGUUAUCCGGUGGGUCAGAUGGUGUUAUUGUGCUUUAUGACCUUGAAAACCUGAGCAGAAAACCAAGUUACACGUGUAAAGCACUUUGUUCUGUGGGAAGGAGCCAUCCUGAUGUACAUAGAUUUAGUGUGGAGACAGUCCAGUGGUAUCCUCAUGACACUGGCAUGUUUACGUCGAGCUCAUUUGAUAAAACCUUGAAAAUAUGGGACACACAAACUUUACAAGCUGCAGAUGUAUUUCACUUUGAGGGAACAGUCUAUAGCCAUCACAUGUCUCCAGUUGCCACAAAGCAUUGUUUAAUAGCAGUUGGUACCAAAAGCCCCCAAGUACAGCUCUGUGACUUGAAGUCUGGAUCCUGUUCUCACAUUCUGCAGGGUCACAGGCAAGAAGUACUGGCAGUAUCUUGGUCUCCACGUCACGAGUAUGUUCUGGCAACAGCAAGUGCUGACAACAGAGUAAAAUUAUGGGAUGUGAGGAGAGCAUCUGGAUGUCUGACUACACUUGAUCAGCACAAUGGAGAAAAGUCCAAAGCAUCUUCCGAGGCAGCAAACACUGCUCACAAUGGGAGAGUUAAUGGUCUAUGCUACACACAUGAUGGACUUCAUCUGUUGACCAUUGGCACAGAUGAUCGGAUGCGACUCUGGAACAGCUCCACUGGAGAAAACACAUUAGUGAAUUAUGGGAAAGUCUGUAAUGAAAGCAGAAAAGGACUCAAAUUCACCGUCUCCUGUGGCUGUAAUCCAGAGUUUGCCUUUGUACCAUAUGGUAGCACCGUUGCUGUUUAUACAGUUUUCACAGGAGAACUGAUCACUAUGCUUCGAGGGCAUUAUAGUACUGUCUACUGCUGUGUAUUGCAACCUAAUUUUCAGGAACUUUAUAGUGGUAGCAAAGACUGCAAUAUCCUUGCAUGGAUACCAUCUCUUCGAGAGUCAGUUCCUGAUGACAUUCCUGAAAAGUCUCUGCCUCAACAGCAUUUAAAUCCAGCAUAUGAAGACGCAUGGAGCAGCAGUGAAGAUGAAAGCUGAAUUUCAAUUAUGUGCUGAUAUAAAAUGGACAUUCAGACACUGUGUUCAUGGACUUUGUCUACAGAAUUGGAUAUUGUUGGAUUUAUUGCAACUGGAUUUUUGGUAAAGUUCUAUGAGAUCAAAAUCCUUCGGAAAUAAGUUUCCACUGUUCCCUGUGUUCUUUCUUCACUAUUGCAGUUAAAUCUAAAGGAUUACUUUUUCAGAAUCACUGACUUUUUAUACUUACGCUUAUGCAUUGGUAUACUUUAUUUAGUGUUGAACAGCUGUUAAAGGAAAAAUAAAAGCCCUUGGGACCAAUAA